GCUCGAGUCUGACAGCCUUCAGGUGAGAGAGCAGAGCUGAGACAGCUGAGCUGAGAGAGCAGGUGAACCAGGAAGUGGCGCACGAAGAAAGAAACGUUCCCAACCCGAAAGGAAAGACUUUAUUAUGCUGAAUGCAGCUCAGACGAGCAGCUCUCCGCUUCUCAGUGUGGCAGCAUUAAUGUCAGACUUCAAACGAUGGUGCACGACUCUGUUCGGUACACCAAGCUAGACGGCAAUAAUCGAGAGGAAACACAUCAUGAGGGCAGCGACGAAGAACAUGAUGACGAAGAAGCAGAAGAAGUGACAGUUUAUUUGAGGCAGCCAUCUGAUGGACUGAAUGGAAAGGCCGUGAAAAAAGACACGUGGGUCCGGGUGACGGUGGCUCUAGUUCUGCUGGGUAUCGUCCUCGGGUGCAUGCUGCUUGAAAGGCAUGGAUGGUGGUCUGAUCCUGAAGGCCUGCAGAAUGAGCAUAACAAAGACGCGAAAACCCUGGAGGAACAUCACCACCACCAUGCAGGGGAGGAAGAUGAUGACCACAAAGAUGGAGAUGAUCACCACAACUCUGAUGGCCACUCUCAUGGGCAUUCUUCACUGUACCACCAUGGAGUUGUCCUGACAUCUUCAGCGAACUGCUCCAGGGUCGGUAAAGAGCUUCUGCAGGAGGGAGGAAAUGUGGUGGAUGCUGCGAUUGCUUCUCUGCUCUGCCUGGGAGUCAUCCACCCACACACAGCAGGAGUGGGUGGUGUAUUCUCGGCCAUUCUGUACAACCACACCACAGGAUCAUUCAAGACAGUACGUUCCAUUGCACAGCACUCACCAUUAGCCACUUAUGGGGUUCCAUCCAUUCUUCAGGGCAUAAAAGCGCUGCACUCUCAGCAUGGACGAUCAGACUGGAGCAGGCUUUUCAAGGAAGCCAUAGUGCUAGCUGAGGACGGCUUCUUCAUCGACGACGUCCUGGGCAGGGCCUUGGAGACCCACGGGAACGAAAUUCUGCAGUCCAAGCUGUGCAGUGUGUUUUGUGACACGAGUGGACGCGUGAAAUCGGCAGGCGUGCCUGUCGCCAACCGGAAUCUAUCAGAGCUGUUGCGGGCGGCUAGCCUAAAUGAGUCCCAUUUCCCAGAAACGCUGGCCAUGAAAUUGGCUGAAGACCUCUCGGCACGCGAGGGGCCCACUUUCUUAGCCGCCCUUCAGCGUAGCCAUGGAGAAAUCAAUGACUCCCUUAUCACGCAGGGAGAGAAAUACACUGUCCUUUCAGCCAGCUCCCCUUUCGCCGGACCGAUGCUAUCUGAUAUAUUAGAGCGAGUCAGGGAGCAAAGCCUUUCCUUUCAGAGUGAUGCUGGAGAUUUUAACAGGGCCGCCGCCUCUUUCUCCAGCCUCUUAAACUUGAUUCAAGGACCCAACAAUACAGCCCUGGCUGAGAAGAACCUAGACCUCAUGGAGUUAUUUGCUCUCAAUACGCGAAGCAGUCACAUCGGGGUGCUGGACAGGCAGGGUAAUUUUAUCAUUCUGACAGCUUCGCUCAAUGACACGUGGGGUUCUGGCCGGUUCUUGCCAUCAAGUGGAGUUAUCCUUAGCAGCUUUACAUCGGACAUCUCUGACUUGCCUUACUUUAGCUUUCCAUUGGUUCUAAAGAUCAACAAUGAUGGCGAUGAUGAGGAAGACAAUGAAGAAGACAGCGAAGUAGUGGUCAUUGCCACUACUGGAGGUUUUUCAGCCUUACUUAAUGCUGCUAUUCUCCUGCAAAGGAUUGACUUUGGAAUGGCUUCUGCAGAUGCCAUUCAUAGCCCUCUUCUCCAUCUGCAGCAGGGAAGCUCUACAGCUAUGGCCAUUUGCCUGUCUUCUAUUUCAAAUAGCUCAGACAUAUAUAGGCUGCUUUCAGAGACAGAUGGUGACCUACAGCAUGUGGAGGAGUGCUUAGAUUGUUCCCUAUCCAUGGUACUGAGGUUACAUGCAGAACAUGUUGGCGCAUAUGGAGCUCCUGCUAUCAGCACCCAUGCUGAUGGCUACUGAAGGAAGCAUAAAUAUACACCUUAGCAUUGCAAGAUAGGGCCACUCUUUACUUCGAUGGUCCCCUAUAGCUUAUCUACAGAUAUUCAGAACAAAUCCUCAUAUCUCCAAAAUGAUGUUUUGGAUCAUUUUGGAUAAUUUCUGUUGUUCCAGUCAUCAUGAAACUUUUAUGCAACAUAAAGGGCAGUUGGUGUUUUCAAAUUAUACUAAAUAAUAGAAAAUGACAAAAAAAAAGAUUAUAGGGGGUUUGGCUUGGAUUAGGACCAGGGUUAGGUUUUAGGUUAAGGUGAAAGUUAAGGUUAGAAUGAGCAUUAGGUUUAGGUUUUAGGAAGUUUUUUAACAGAUAUUAAAAUAAGCUUUAGAUUUUUUAAGAACCAAGCGUAGCUGCCUUGACAUAUUUUGUUACUUUCAACUGUUACGUAGUGGUAGUCAUUUGAUUCAACACAAACUCUUAAAGCUUUUCAGUGAUCCCUGUUAUUGAGGAUAAUUUUAAAUGUUAAAGGCGAAAAAAAAUAUUAUGCAAAGGCAAAGACAUACAGAACAAAAUAAUUUUAAUGUAUAAUCUGAACCCUUUCAUAUACUUACAAAGGUAACUUGAAGUCUCCACUGUGUACAUAAACAAGUCUGCGACCAUUUGCCUCAGCCCUGUCACCGGGUGUUUUUAGUUUGUGCUCUUAGUGGUAAUAUGUAUUGCUAUCUAGCUUUACAGAGGCACAACACUAUUGAUAUUUCUCAUGUAUCUCCAGCCUCCUCAUCGCUGCCCUCGAAAAGAACUUGGUGUUUUUCGAUUGGAUGGAUAGUGUAUUUAAUCCUCUGAUUGUUUACCAAGUGAUGACAAAAAUUCGUAUAGAAAGAAAUGCUGAUGACUUUGAGUCUGUAUACACUGAUCUAAUGGACAGGCAGCACAGCCGACUUGCAGAUGUAGAGUAGAUUAGUCCCAGGAUUUGACCGGGAACUACAACACAGAACACAUGUAUGACAUUGUCGGAAAGUUCCGUUUUUGUAGUUUAAGGUGGAUGUUGAAUUUUGUUGAUAUCUCAAACAGUUGUAAAAUUAAGUUUACUUGCUGUAAAUAUGACGCCAGCACUUCAUUUGUCAUAAAAGGAUUAAUGGAUAAUAGUAGAAGAGAAUGUGAUAUUUAGUAGCAUAUUUAGACAAGCAUCUACAAAGCAUCUACAGUGAACCAUCACAAGGCGCUUCCAACGUUAUAAUAAAUGAUGAUGUUAAUCCACUAAAUAAGGCUUGGCAAGUGUUUUUCAGCUUAAUCUCUAUCUGCCAGUAUCGAUUUAUCAAUUUAUUUAUGCAUGUGGUUGUUUACACGGACAGUAAUUUUGAUGUGUUACAUUAAAAAAAAAAAACCUGUGAAUUUGAAAAAACACUUCCAUGAUGAAGCAACU